UUUUUCAGAUUUAUUACAAAACAAAAGCUUAGAUUUUUCAAAAAAUGUCCUCGUCUGCAGCUGAUUUGGCUAAUGAAUAUGAACGUGGUGAAAUCGACGAAGUUCCAAAGGGUACCAAAGGAAAGCGUUCGAAGGCUGAACAGGUCGAACAUAAACAUGCACAUCCAGAAGGUGAUACUCGCCGUAUUGUUGAAAAUGCCUUAAACGGUGAAGAGAAGCGCAAAGAGAAGGAACGCGAACGAACUACUUCAGGAUCUUCAAAGAGUGAGAAGUAAAUGUUGGAAGAGGAUAACAGGAUGAUGAACGAUAUUAUAUGU